AUGAAAGUUGCUUAUAUUACCGCAGGAGCUGCUGGAAUGUACUGCGGAACUUGUAUCCACGACAACAUGGUAGCCACGGUCCUGAAAAAACAAGGACAUAACGUUUCCCUGAUUCCAACUUAUACGCCUACCCGAACAGAUGAAACAAAUGUAAGCCUGAACCGCGUCUUUUUCGGUGGGAUUAACGUCUAUCUGCAACAGAAACUCUCCUUUUUUAGGCAUACGCCGUGGAGUUUAGACAAACUACUCGACAAUCCGACGCUAUUGAAUGGGUUGGCGCGAUUUAGUAGUUCGACAGACGCUCGAGACCUUGGGCAACUCACAGUUUCUAUGCUCAGCGCAGAGCACGGACAUCAAAGCAAGGAAUUAGCGAAGUUAGUCAAAUGGCUCGCCGAAGAGAAUAAACCAGAUAUUGUCUAUCUCACUAAUUCCAUGCUUGUCGGUUUCACAAGAGAAAUUAAACAGGUAUUAGAUGUCCCUGUUAUCUGUGCGCUCCAAGGCGAAGACAUCUUUCUGCAAGAUCUUAUCGAACCGUACAAGGCAGAGGCAUUAGCCCUCCUUCGAGAACGUGCUAUAGAUCCAGACGGCUUUGUGGCGCCUUGUGACUACUACGCGCAGUUUAUGGCAGACGCUUACCUUAACGUACCUAUUGAUAGGAUUCAUGUGGUCCCGCUCGGAUUAAACAUGGAUGGUCACGGCUUGCCUGUUCAAAAACCGGAUCCACCGCCCUUCAUCAUUGGCUAUUUAGCGCGUAUCUGUCCCGAAAAGGGGUUACACAUCUUGGUGGACGCUUUCCGUCUGGUAGCGGAAGCGUUAGGCACGGACAACGUUCAAUUGCAUGUUGCCGGUUACCUCGGCAAGAAAGACGAACCCUAUCUUGAGGAACUCGUGAACCAGAUUCAGGCAUGGGACUUGUCAGGCAGUUUUGUGCAUCACGGUGAGGUGACGCGCACCCAAAAAAUUGAUUUCCUCAACAGUCUGCAUGUUUUUUCUGUCCCCACUGUUUAUCGUGAAUCCAAAGGGCUCUCGAUUAUAGAGUCACUUGCCAAUGGUGUGCCGGUCGUUCAACCGCGACACGGCGCGUUUCCAGAGAUGAUUGGUGCUACUGACGGUGGAAUCCUUGUUGAACCGGAAUCCUCUGAAGCAGUAGCGGCAGGAAUCAUCGAACUCCUUAACGAUACCGCUCGGCGUGAACACCUCGGAGAAACCGGAAAAAUCAAUGUGCAUCAGAAGUUUAGCGAUACAAUCAUUGCAGAACAACUUUUGAAAGUGUUUGAAAAGUAUACCUAA